GCACUUGGUGAUGACGCAGGUAGCUCUGGUGGGUAUCGACGCUGGUCAGCUGCCGUCGGUGGAGAGCGGCGUCAACAUCAGCACCGCAGCCCGACGAUGGAGACCGAGCCACGGAUUGAGCCGCAGUAGAGACCCGGGAGAGGAUGCUGCGGCCGUCGUGAGACGACCCCGAGCCGCGUUCAGCCCGUGUCAGCCGCACCUGCCGUGGAUGAUUGUCCCGAUGGGUUGUGGAGGAAGUCGGGCGGACGCGAUCAUCGAGCCGAGGUACCAUGAGAGCUGGACCAGGGAAACGGAAUCGACGUGGCUCACCAAUACGGACGUCGAGACCUCUCUGCCAGUAGCAAACAGUAAAGCUCUGGAGGCCAGCCUGAGAGAGAAGAGGAUGGUGAACACAGGCACCCAGUGUGGGAAGCAGGCCCUCACGUCCACCAGUUCCAACCACCAGAGGAGACCCAGACGCUCCUUGAGUGAUGUAGGUGUCACUGGUAGCAGCAAACCACUCGUGAGUCCAAGAGGAGGGCAUCAAAAGAGGCAAGUGCGUUGUCUAAGGAUGGGCAGCCCGUCAACAUCAACAGCAGCGGAGACGCCGAACCUGAGAACGUGUGUGAUGAAAGAUGAAGAAAAGCCAAAUCCCUGUGAGGAAGCAGAUGGCGGCCGGAGCUUUGAAAAGUUCACCAGAAGACGGGACGGUGAUUCACAGACUUGUGCGGAUGAUAUUUGCUCGUAACUUUGCAGGACUUUGACUGUCGAUUUUGGUGACUUUACAAUGAAAGCACCUGCAUAAUGUCUCCAUCCAAAGAUAUUGGGAUGCUGCAUCCUUGUUGUGCCAUUGCAAAUGCAUGCGUGAGGUGAAGGAGAGAGUGCAUCACAAAAAGCGUGCACGCUCUCCCCGCCACGCUCUUCUCCCGUGCUUAUGGUGCCGGUCAGGGAAUGAGUCACUGUGUUAAGCCAAUUUUAAAGAAAACUAGAACAGACCGUCCCAUAUGCACAUGAUAAUCACAGUCUGCACAACAAAUGUUUUCUGUGUGGGGCUUUCCUUAAGAAUUUGCUUCAGUUCUUUGUGCAAGUAUAUUCCUUUUAUUGUGAAUGAAAAACAAUGAUGAUGCUGUUGAACCUCAGCUAAUGCUGUAAAUGAUUUUCUUUGAAAUUACCCUGAAGUGCUGUUUAAAAACUGAGAUUUGGAGGAUUAAUCCUUGAGGGCUGAAGACUGUCAUUUCCAGCCUUCUCAAGAUAAAGAAACAAUUACACCCGCAUGUGCCUACAUCUUGAUCUGAACUGCUCCUGUUUUCACUUAGAGAGUUGGUUUUGUUCAGUAUUGUAUGUUCUCUUACAUUUUCUUUUAUGUUAUAUUAUGCUAAAUUUUAAUAUUACAAUGUACUGAACUGGUGAGUCAUCUGUGUGGCUUACACUGAUCUGCAUGUUUAAAUCAAUCUCAUAUUGUUUCAGCAUUGGUGGAAAAUGUAGAUCAAGUAAGGUGAUUUAGAAUGGGUCUUCGGGAGAGGGAGAAUUAUGGCCAGAAGAUGGCGAAGUUGAACUAACAUUUUCUGCUCAUGAACACUGUUGCUUGUCAAUCAACUGAGACAAUGAUGUUUGAAUGUGAACAGGCAAGUUUUUGUGAUGGAAAACAACAUUUAAACACCACAGUAUUUUUCUUUGAAUUAAAAUUGUUGUUAGUUUUAGUUUCAUAAGUUGUGAUACUCAGAGAGAGGUGAGAUGUGUAGUAAUUUCUCUUUACUGCCACAACCGCAUAAUUAAUUAGCCUAAAUCAAUAACUUUCUAUUAAGAAAUUGAUGUGUUUCAAUUCCAUUUAGAUGCAUUCCUACUACUGAAUAAUUGUUUUUGUAUGGAUAGCAUUACUAUGUAAAUCAUCCAAUUGCAAGAAAACAAAAGCAGUUGAGUUC